AUGCGUCUUCUACUACUCAUUUUCUCCUUUAUAUGCCUGUCAUCAAGCUCCGCUUCUUCUCCAACGAAAGGUCCUGGAAUUCUGGAGAUUCUUAUAGAAUCUGGAGUUUCAGCAGAUGUUGGAUUCGUUGUGAACUGUAACGAGAAAAGUCAAUUAACUCGGCGUCAUUUGAAGCCGAACAGUCCGGAAUUAUUGAUUUUCGAUGAGUUAAAUCACACAAGUUUCUUCCAUGAGGUGAAUGUCACGAUUCACGAUAACGUCACAUCGCAUUCGAUGAUUCUUUACACAGUUCGAGGCUUAUACGACGUCGAUAAUCUGCCACUACCGUAUACCGGAUUGCAAAUAAGAUACAAGUGUGCCGAAAAUAGGUACGGUAACCAAUGUCAGCAAUAUUGUUCGGAGUCUAGAGAUAACUGGCGGUGUGAUCAAUUUGGAGAUCAUAGUUGUGCCGAGGGUUACUGUGGAUGGAAUUGUCACAAAUAUGGAUCGGAAUGUCAUCACUUCGGAGAAUGCAAAUGCCAGAAUGGUGGAAAAUGUUAUCCACAUCCCUUAUUCCUUCCAGAGCAUCUACUAUUCUGUGAAUGCACGCCAGGUUAUCACGGUGGCUAUUGCGAGGAAUUCAAGUAUUUUGAGAAAAAAUUGGAACUUUCGACAAAUUUCGGACUGAACACGACGGUUGAGAACAAAUUUUCGAAUCGGACUGAUAUCUACCAACUAUUCGAAAAGUACGAGAAGAAACAGCGGGCAUCUGCAAAUAAGGAAAUUCUGACAUUUUUGGGACCCUUCGAAAAGCCGGCAGAAGAAGUGUAUUCCGAUCGAAAUGAAUGA